UCGCGAAUCUUUUCUAUUUCUGCCAAUUCCCUGGGGGAAAUCUGCUGCGUGGUCUCAGGGAGAGCAUUGUACAUAGUUCAGGGAGUGUUGAGGCAUUAUAAUUUGGUGUGCAUAGUGGGUAAAUCAGGUGGUGGACGAUGAGUUUCUUCGGGAAGAUGUUCGGGAAGAAAGGAGAGGCCGCCCCAACCACUGGGGAGGCCAUCCAGAAGCUGCGGGAGACUGAGAACAUGCUGAUAAAGAAGCAGGAGUUCCUGGAGUCUAAGAUCGACGCCGAACUGGACAUUGCACGGAAGAAUGGGACGAAAAACAAGAGAGUGGCCAUCCAAGCGCUGAAGCGGAAGAAGAAGUACGAGAAGCAGCUGCAACAGAUCGAUGGCACGCUGUCGACAAUAGAGAUGCAGCGGGAGGCGCUGGAGAGCGCAAAUACCAACACGGCUGUCCUGACCACAAUGAAGAACGCUGCAGAUGCCCUCAAAGCUGCCCACAAUCACAUGGACGUGGACCAGAUUCACGACAUGAUGGAUGAUAUUGCCGAACAGCAGAACAUUGCAACCGAGAUUUCCGACGCUAUUUCCAAUCCUGUGUCAUUCGGCCAAGAUGUGGACGAGGAUGAGUUGGAGAAGGAGCUGGAGGAACUCGAACAGGAGGAGCUGGACAAGGAACUCCUUGGAGUCGGUCCCAGUGCAACGGAGCUACCAGAAGUGCCGUCCGAUGAGAUUAAAGAGAAGGCAAAGGAGAAGAAAAAAGCAACGGCUGCCGAUGCGGAUGACAAAGACCUGAAAGAGCUGAUGGCGUGGGCAGAGUAAACUGCUUCCUGGAGUCCUCGCAAUAGGCUUUCCGCGAUAUUUUUUCUAUACCAUCAAAAAAAAAAACAAUUGAUAAUGAUUAGCUGAUAGAGACACAGCGCAAAAAAAUGAUUUUGUCGCAAGAAUUUCGAUAAUGCUUACUGUUAAUCACCUCAAUGGAGAAAUGAUGAAUAAAAUAAUGUAUUAAGAGUAAA